GGGUAGCCCCCACCCCGCCGCCGCUGCACCCCGUUCUUGCCUGUCCCUCCGCCCCCCCCGGCACCUCGUCCCCUGGGCCUGCAGGCCUCCGGCUGUACCCGCUGCAUCAGGUUGUCCCCCUGGGCCCUCCCGCUUGACCCCGCCCCCAAUCGCAGCCGGCUGUACCCAGGGGGUCGCUCACCCCUGUUCCCAUCCGGCUGUACCCCCCUACCCUCUCGUGUUCCCCCCCCACGCACUGGGCUGCAUCUCCAACCCGCUCGGCUCCAACCGGGCUGGGCACACCCCCCUCGUGUCAGUCGGUGCCUCCCGCACCCCCCUCCUGCAGCUGACUGUACCUGCCUCGCACGCUGUCCCCCGUGCACCUCCCCACCGGCUACCACCCCCCCGCUGCUUGCGUCCGGCUGUGCAGGACACGUAAACCUUGGCGACGUCACUCUGUGCCCGACGACGACUGACUAAUGACCUCACGCCGUAGCUGACGCGCCCCCAGUCCCUGAUGACGUCACGCUCAGUGGCACCCCUGCCUACGUCAGCAGGGCCCCGGGAGCAAUUGAUCUGGCUGUUGCCGUGUCGGGCUGUACCCACCACACGCCCCGUCAAUGCACGGCGCGCGCUGACGGUCCCAGGGACUGGAAACCGGUCCCGGCCUCUCUGGUUUCACAACCCCCGGCUCCCCCCGGCGCAGCCACGUUACGCCUGUCUGCUCCACGGCAACAGCGACGACGUCUUGUGCACAACACCGUCCCUCGGGAGCGCGCGCGGCACACGUCCUCUGCAACGCUGGCACGGUGUGUGUCGUCCACCCCCACCCCGUGCCAACAGGCGCUUCCUCAUGUGCUGUGCAUUGCCCGUGUCGUGCGGUAGCCGGAGAUGUACACCCUCACAACACCGUGCUGGCACACGCACCAAGGGCUGCACUUGUGCCGUGACAGGCAGAACAGGCCUCAAGUGCACACGCUGCUGCUGCCGUUUUGACACCCGCAGCCUGCGUUGUGGCCGACUGUACUUCUGUGCUUGACUCCAGUGCGUCAGGGCGUUUGCACCACAGGUGGUGCAGAACACCGUCCCAGAGCACACCUGGGUCCCGUCACAGGACGCGCUAUGGGCCGUGCGGCUGUACCAGGCACUUCCCGGCAUCUCUGAUCUCCAAGUGUAGCUGGGAGAGAGGGACACACGUGCACACCUGCUGGGUCAGCCGCGACAGCACUACACCUUUUUUGGGCGACUGUCAACUCCAAAAGCACCUCUUUGCACCUCCUUAAAUUGGGGGGAUCUGCGGUACUGUCCCCCCAACGCCGAUUGUUUCCAGCUGUUCUACAAGCUCACACGUGCACCUUGGAGCAGCUGUAUUUGUAGUUACACAUGUACACACAUGCACGCACACCCGUCCUACUGGAAGAUGCGCUGUGAUCCCUGACUGCCUCCGACUGUAGCUUUCCCCUCCACCUCCCUGUGAUCCCAGGAGGCCCUGCCGGCAGUGACCCCCCACCGAGGACCCCCGGAGCAACCACACCUAGUCCAUGAGGCCUCCGCUCACAGGUGCGCGCCGCGGGGAUGGCUCCGGUCGUGGAGGUGUCGGACGCGGGGCACUGCCGGUCGCUGCUGCUGGAGCUGAACGAGCAGCGCCUGCGGGGCCAGUUCUGUGACGUGACCAUCAUCGCCGAGGACACCAAGUUCCGGGCCCACAAGAACGUCCUGGCCGCCUCCAGCCCCUACUUCAAGGAGGCGCUGGCCGAGGGGCCGGCGUGCCGGGCGCCCGCCCACGUCCUCGAGCUGCCCGGCGUCCAGGCCGGCGUCUUCUCCGACGUCCUCAACUUCAUCUACAACUCGCGCCUCUCGGUGCCCUCGGCGGCGGCCGCCCGCGAGCUGGGAGCCGUGGGCCGGCGCCUGGGCAUCCCCUGCCUCGAGGGCCUGGAGGCCGCGCCGGGGGACAUGAACGGCUCCUCCGCCCCCUCGUCCUCGGCCCCGUCGCCCGUCGACCUGACGUGCCCGGCGCGGGCCAGCCCGGCGGGCGAGGCGGGCCGCGGCGCUGCCCAAGGGCCCGGCCUGCUCUUCGCCCUGCGCCCGGCGGCCUCCGAGGCGGCGGCGGCGGCGGCGGCGGCGGCGGCGUUGCGGUGCGGCUUCUGCGGGCGGGCCUUCAGCACGGCGGCCGCCCUGGGCCUGCACGCCAAGCUGCACCGGGCCCGCCGCGCCCUGGCCUGCCGCCACUGCGGCAAGACCUUCAUCCACGUCAAGCGGCUGCAGACCCACGAGGUGCUCUGCAAGGAGGCCGAAGGCGCCCACCACCACCACCACCACCACCACCACCACCACCACCACCCGCCGCCGCCGCCGCCGCCGCACGAGCCGCCGCCGCACGAGCCGCCGGCCAAGGCGCCGGGCGCCAAGAAGACGCUGCUGCUGCGGCCCCGCGGGGCCGAGCCGCCCGCCGCCGCCGCCGAGCAGGACCACUUCGCCAAGGUGGUGGACGGCCACGUCAUCUACUUCUGCGCGGUGUGCGAGCGCUCCUACAUGACGCUGUCCAGCCUCAAGCGGCACGCCAACGUGCACUCGUGGCGCCGCAAGUACCCCUGCCGCUACUGCGACAAGGUCUUCGCCCUGGCCGAGUACCGCACCAAGCACGAGGUGUGGCACACCGGCGAGCGCCGCUACCAGUGCAUCUUCUGCUGGGACACCUUCGUCACCUACUACAACCUCAAGACCCACCAGAAGGCCUUCCACGGCAUCAGCCCCGGGCUCAUCUCCUCCGAGAAGACGCCCAACGGCGGCUACAAGCCCAAGCUCAACGCCCUCAAGCUCUACCGCCUGUUGCCCAUGCGCUCGCACAAGCGGCCCUACAAGACCUACAGCCAGAACUUGGUGCCCGCCGGGCUGCUGCUGCCCGCCCGGCCCGAGGGCCUGAGCGGCGACGGCGAGGCCUUCGCCGCCGGCGCCUCCGCCGAGGCGCCCGAGCCGCCGCGCUUCCUGCUGCCGGCGGCGGCCGUGGCCGUGGCGGAGCCGGGCCGCGGCGCCGAGGCCGCCUCCGUCAUCGCCUACGGGCGCCCGGCCGCCUCCGUCAUCGUGCACGGCGGCGGCGGCGGCGGCGGUGGCGGCGGGGGGACGGCCGCCACCACCUCCGUCAUCGCCUACAACGGGGCCGCCGGUGACGCCGCCGCCGCCGCCGCCGCCGCCGCCCCGCCGCCGGUGCCGGUGCCGGCCGCCAAGCCCAUGAAGAAGCAGGUGCUGCGGGACUACAUCGAGGCGCAGCGGGCCGCGGCGGCCCAGCAAGGCGGCGGCACCGGCGCCGAGACCGCGGCGGGCGGCGAGGCCCCGGCGGCCUCCUCCUCCUCCUCCUCCUCCCCGCCGCCGCCGCCGCCGCCGCGCCGGCCCCGCGCCGGCCGCACCAUGACCUACGUGGCCAAGCCGGCCUACGUGGGCACGGCGGCCGAGAGCCGGGCCGCGCCGCUCUGCCAGAUCACCGUGCGCAUCGGCGAGGAGGCCAUCGUCAAGCGGCGCAUCUCCGAGACCGACCUGCGGCGCGACAAGGACGGCGGCGAGGGCGAGGGCGACGGGCCGCCGGCCGCCGACAGCGCCGAGGAGGACAGCGACGCCGAGGACCAGCUCUGGCGGCCCUACUACACCUACAAGCCCAAGCGGAGAGGAGCCGCCGCCGCCGCCGCCGCCGCCGCCGCCCCCAAGGCCAAGAAGCCGCGGUGGCGCCGCCGGCUGCGCUCGCUGCGCUGGGCCCAGGCGUCCGGCCCCGCCGCCGCCGCCGCCGAGGAGGAGGAGGAGGAGGAGGAAGGCAGCCCCGGCGGGUCGGACGCCGAGGCGGGGGGCAAAGGGGCCGGCAAGCGGGGCGCCGAGUGGAAGCACCGCUGCGGCGCCUGCGGCAAGCUCUUCUCGGCGCUCAAGAAGCUGCGCAAGCACGAGCGGGCGCACGGGCGGCCCGGCGCGGCCGCGGCGGCGGUGACACCGGCGGGGACAGCCCCCCGCGUCGGCCGCCGGCCCUCGCUCAAGUUCGCCUGCGCCCACUGCGCCAAGGUGUGCAAGACGGCGGCGGCGCUGAGCCGCCACGCCAAGCGGCACCAGGGCCAAGCCGGGCCGGCCGCCGCCUCGCCGCCGCCGCCGCCGCCGCCGCCCUCCGUCAUCGCCUACACCAAGAAGGCGACGCCGGAGGCGCCCGUCAAGGAGGAGGACCCGCAGGAGAUGCAGGUGUCGUCCUCCAGCGGCGACGGCGUCCGCACCGCCGCCGCUACAGCCGCCGCCGUCACCGCGCCGCCGCUACAGCCGCCGCCGCCGCCGCCGCCGCCGCCGCCGGUGGAGGUGGCGGGCCCCAGCCGCGGCUCGGUGCAGGACCCCGUGGUGUCGCACACGGGGCCGGCGGGGCUGCGCGACGGUGACGGUACCGCCGCCGCACCGCCGUCCUACGGGUACCCGGUGCAGGAGUACCCGCUGCCGCUGCUGGCGGCCGCCGCGGGCCGGACUCGCAGGGCCGGGGAGGAGCGCGGCGGCGGCGGCGGCGGCGGCGGCGGCGGCGGCGUCACCGUCACCGGCGGCGUCAGCGGCGGCGUCACCGUCACCGGCGGGCCGCCCAAGCCCUACCCCUUCGCCUACGGCCCCCGGCUGUUGGCCGCCUACCCCUACGGCUUCCCGCUGCCCGUGGCCCUCAACAUGGUGCUGCCCGAGGCCAAGGCCUUCCUCCCCGGCGUCUUCGGCUACGCCGUGGCCGAGGGGCCGCCGGCGGCGGACGGGGGGCCGGGGGGGCCGGGGGCCGCGGGGGCGGCGCCGGGGGGGGCCGGGGGGGCCGACGGCGACGGGGGCGAGCGGCCCCGCAAGGGCGGCGGGACCUGAGCGGGGGGGCGCCGGGGGGGGGGGGGGACACCCCUCUCCCUCCCCGUGGGGGGACCUGGAGGGGGCUGGGGGGGGGCCCCCCGUGCGGAGGGGGUGGUAAGGGGUCCCCUGCCCCAUAGCGGGUGAUGGGGGGGUCCCUGCCCCACAGUGGGUGGCAGAGGGGGUCCCCUGCCCCAUAGAGGGGUGAGAAGAGGGUCCCCUGCCCCAUAGAGGAUGGCGGAAGGGUCCCCUAACCCAUAGGGGAUUGGAGGGGGGGUCCCUGACCCAUAGCAGGUGACAAAGGGGGUCCCCUGCCCCAUAGGGGGUGGCUGAAGGGUCCCCUGCCCCAUAGGGGAUUGCCGGGGGGGUCCCCUGCCCCGUAGAGGAUGGCUGGAGGGUCCCCUGCCCCAUAGGGGAUUGGGGGGGGUCCCCUGGUGUGUAGGCGAUGGCGGGGGGGGUCCCCUGCCCUACAGGGGAUUGAGGGGGGUCCCCUGCCCUAUAGGGGACUGCAGGGGGGGCUUUUGCCCCAUAAGGGGGAGUGGGGUCCCUCCAACCCCCAUAGGGGAUUGGGGGGGGUCCCUGCCCUAUAGCUCUUGGGGGGGGGGUCCCAUGACCCAGGGGGCAGCUGAGGGGGGCUGCUGCCCCAUAGGGGAUCGCAGGGGGUCCCCUGCCCCAUAGGGGAGAGCAGAGGGGUCCCGGACCCCCCCCAAACCGGGGCAUCCCCACCCCAUAGGGGAGGGGGGGCAGCGACCCCCCCCAUGGGCGAUGUGGGGCAGGGGGAGCCCCCUUGGGACCAAUACGAGCGCGGGGGGGGCACUGGGUAUACUGGGGUCCCCCCAGUUACCCCAGUAUAUUGGGACCCCCAAUAUAUUGCCCCCCACUUUAGUGCCCUCCCAAGUGUAUAGGCCCCCCCCAAGCAUAUAGGGCCCCCCCAUAUAUAGGGACCCCCCCCGGAUUCGCCCCCUUCCCCCCCAUUUCGGGGCGCCCCCCCCCCCAUUGCACCUUACGGCAUCGCAGCGACAUUCCAGCGCCCCCCGCCCUCGUGCAAGCCCCGCCCCCUCGUGCAAGCCCCGCCCCCCGCGCGAGGCCCCGCCCCACGGAGCCCAGCGUCUUCCUUGCACGGCCCCGGCGGGGGGGGGGGGGGCUCAUCCUCGUGCGUCGCACAGCCACCCCCGUGCACCCCCCCGCGUCCCCCCCCGGCUCCUCGUGCAAGGCCCGGCUUCGUGCAACGCCCGCCCCGUGCAAAAGCCGCCUCACACUCCGCCCCGCUGCACCAGGCUUGUGCAAGGCCGUGCAAACCCCCCCCCCGUCGUCGCCCUCGCACGCCCGGGCGGGGGGGGCCCUGUGCAAGCCCCCUCCCCGUGCAAGGCCCGUCUCUCUGCAGCGCCCUCGUGCAAGCCCCGCCCCCGCGCAAGCCCCGCCCCCGUGCAACGCACGCCUGCGCGAGGCCUGGCCUCGUGCGACGCACAGCGCGACCCCCCCCCGUCCCCGUGCAAGGCCCGCCUCCACGCUACGCCCAGCCGUGCAAGGCCCGGUCCCCCCCCCGUCCCGCCGUGCGAGGCUCGUGCGAGGGCCCUCGUGCAAGGCCCAUCCUCGUGCAAGGGCUCCUCGUGCGAGGCUCCUCGUGCAAGGCUUCUUCUCGUGCAAGCGCUGCUGUCGUGGAAGGGCUGGGCUCCGGCGAGGGCUGUGUCCUCGUGCAAGGCCCAGCCUCGUGCAAGGGCUCCUCGUGCGAGGAUGGGCCUUGUGCAAGGCUCAUCCUCGUGCGAGGCCCCUCGUGCAAAGUCUAUCCUUGUGCAAGGCCCCUCCUCGUGCAACGCUCGUCCUUGAAUGAGACCCCUUGUGCAAGGGCUCCUUGUGUGAGGCCCGUCCUUGUGCAAGGCUUUUCCUCGUGCAAGGCCCCUUGUGCAAGGCCCAUGCUCGUGCAAGGCUCGGCCUCAGGCAAGGUGCCUCGUGCAAGGCCCGUCCUCGUGCAAGGGCUCCUCGUGCAAGGUUCGUCCUCGUGCAAGGGCUCCUUGUGCAAGGCCCAACCUUGUGCAAGGCCCAUCCUCGUGCAAGGGCUCCUUGUGCAAGGCCCAUCCUCGUGCAAGGCCCGUCCUCGUGCAAGGGCUCCUCGUGCAAGGCCCGUCCUCGUGCAAGGCCCAACCUUGUGCAAGGCCUGUCCUUGUGCAAGGCCUCCUUGUGCAAGGCCCAUCCUCAUGCAAGGCCCGUCCUCGUGCAAGGCCCGUCCUUGUGCAAGGGCUCCUUGUGCCAGGCCCAUCCUCGUGCAAGGCCCGUCCUCGUGCAAGGCCCCUUGUGUGAGGACUCCUCGUGCAAGGGCCCCUCGUGCAAGGCCCUUCCUCGUGCAACGCCCCCUCCUCACACAAGGACCCCCCCCCCGCCGGCCCCCUCCUCGUGCGCAUCCCCCCCCCACGUUGCCCCCUCGUGCGUCGCACGCCCGCGGCCCCCCCCACCCCGUCGUGCGUCGCACGCCCGCGGCCCCCCCCCCCGCCCGGAUUUGCACUUUCCCGGCCGCGUUUGCUACUGACUGUCCCGGCGCGGCCCCCCCCCCCCCGCCCCCCCCGCGGCCCCUCCUGCGCCCACGGCACUUUAACGGGGGGGGGGGGCGAAAAAGAGGCGAAAAAGGCAAAAAAAAGCAAAAAAAGGCAAAAAUGGUGAAAAAAUGGGGGGCGGGAGCGGGGGGGAGCUGGGGGGAGGGGGAGGCGCCGGGACCCCCCCAACCCGGGUGGGGGCACCGCGGUGGGGCACCCGGUUUGGGGGGGGGGGUCCCCAUGGGGUGGCCCCGAUUUGGGGGUCCCCGAUUUGGGGGUCUCCAAAGAGGGGGGGCUCUGGGGGUCCCCUAUGGGGUGUCCCCAAUUGCAGGGGGUCCCCAAAGGGGGUGGCCCUGGGGGGGGCCCCCAAUUUGGGGGUCUCCCAUUGGGGUGACCCCAAGGGAGUGUCCCCAAAGGGGGUGGCCCUGGCGGGUCCCCAAUUGGGGGGGGUCUCCAUGGGGUGACCCCGAUGGGGGGGGUCCCCAAUUGGGUGGCCCUGGUGGGUCCCCAAUGGGGAUGUCCCCAAUUGGGGGGGGGGUCUCCAUGGGGUGACCCCAAUGGGGGUGGCCCUGGCAUGUCCCCAAAUGGGGGUGGCCCCAAUGGGGUGGCCCGGGGGGGGUCCCCAAUGGGGGGGUCCCCAAAUGGGGGUGUCCCCAAUGGGGUGGCCCGGGGGGGGUCCCCAAUGGGGGUGUCCCCAAAUGGGGGUGUCCCCAAUUGGGGGGUCCCCAGGGGGUGGCUCCCGUCGGGGAGGUCUCCGGUCGGGGGGUCCCCGGCCGGGGGGGCCCGGGGGGGCCGCGGCGGCGGUCGGUGGCGGCGGUGACAAGUGUCCACUAUUUAUCUGCAUCAGUGAGUGUUAGAGACGCCAAUAAACACCGUAGAGCUGA